AUGGCCGGAAAGAUGAUCGCCAACGUCAAGGGAAUCAACGAGUUCACAGAGGACUCGUUCGUUGUUCGCAAGGAGCAGGCCGCAGAAAUCGAACUGGAAACGGAAGCCCCGAAGGACGGGAUCACCCUCGAAGAGGAGAACGAGAUGCUCAGGCGUCUUCUGGCUGAGGCGAACCGGAAGGCGGAGCAUCGAAUCUCCAGAACGUUUUUCCGAAUGGAACUGGCGGCGAAGAAGAAGCUCGUGGAGGAGAACGAGAGGCUCAGAUGGGAGGCGAGAGAAAUGACCAUCAAAAUGAAGGAGAUGGAGAAGAAAAUGGAGAAGACGGUGAAGAAGGUUGACAAGUACAAGGCCGCGCUGAAAACAGAGUACGAUAAGAACGACAAGGAGAUGGAUCGGGUCAUCGGGAUCUGGAGCUCGCGAGGGCAGAAGCGGCGAAGCUGAAGAAGCAAUUGGAAGAGCAGCAGGAGCAGGAGGAUCCGGAGGCGGAUCUGAACAAUGCGAUGAUCGUUGUGGAGACCGAGAGCGAGAACAUCGAGAGGAUCAAGCCGACGGAGAACGAAGACGACGAGCCGUCCGAUCCGUGGGAGUCCUGCGAAGCCUGCGGAAUCGACUACGGCGAGUACGACGAACGAUCGCCCACCUAUCUCGGUUAGUGAUUGUCAUAAUUCUAACGGUUUCAAAAACUAAACGAUUUCAGAUUGCGGCCACAUAAUCUGCGCGGAAUGCACGGAUUACCUGGCGAUCGGAGAGCAGCUUCAGUGCCCAUUCGACCUGCGCUUCACGAAGAUCGACGUUUCUAAUUGUGAGUGA